AUGCGUACAUUUGCAGCUGAGCAAGUUUCAGUAUAUGCGACGACAGAGAUUGUCAAAUACACUGCGCUGGCAGCAUUGUUUGCAGCCGUGGCGAUUCCACGGGCGAUAUUUCGACUGGCUGAUAUCAUUGACAAUAGUUGGACAGUAACUAUGAACGCUGCAGACAGCUCUGGUAAAUUGCUAGCGGAUGCGCUGCGUAAGCGCGAGCAAGGUUUGCGUCCUGUUACACUGGUUGGAUAUGGCAUGGGUGCUAGGCUGAUUUUUUCCUGCUUGAAAGAACUGGCAAAUGAAGAUAUGGUCGACGAAUCGUGUGGGAUUGUAGAGAACGCUGUCUUGCUUGGAUCGCCUCUUCAUAUGGCACGCAACGAAUGGAUGAGCGCUUGUCGCGUAGUCUCCGGAAGGCUAAUUAAUGGGUACUCGGAAAAGGAUUGGAUGCUGGGUCUCAUGUACCGCUACCAGAGCUGGGCACUGAACUCGGCGGGCAUUGCGCCUCUCGAUAUCGCUGGUAUCGAAAAUGUGAAUUUGUCAGAGAUCAUUGGAGGACAUCUGGAGUACAAGAGCAAAAUUGGCGUCAUACUGGAUCUGCUGAAGCUGGAAGACUGA